AUGCUGAUCAGCCGCAAGGCCAUCGGUGCACAGCCACAAUCGCCUGUCCUGCCCUACCGUGCAAGGAGUAGCCGCGAGCCGGCCGGCUGCCAAUCACUAGGUGAAUUGUACGGUAGUGGUCCAAGUGCCGAGAUUAAGGAGCCCCUAGGCGACGCCUUGCCAGCCAUGCAGUCACCAGACACAGCAGCACCUACCUAG